CCUGUCUUAUCAGGAGAGAUCAGUUCCCAAAGUGACAUGGAUAUUGUUGGUGUAGGUGAUACCUUUAACCAUGACAUCACUUUAAACCCCUGGGCAACGCUCACGCCCUUGGGAGUGUAUUGCUGCUGAAGGGAACUGCUUGACCUGAAACUCAGACUCUCUAUGUUGAAUUUCCUUCUGCUCAAGGGAGCAAAGCUGCUGGGUUCAAUCAAGGAUCCCUUAUUUUUACUUGCAUUCAGGAGCACUGAAGUGACUUUUACUUUUUUCUCCCAGCCUUUCCCAUUUUAUGUUUUUUUCUCUAGCCUUUUCUCUUCAUUUUUCUUACAUUCACUGGACAUCUGUCCCUACCUUUGGAGGAUGAGAUAAGCAAAGAGCUCUGUCCCUGUCAAGACAAGGAACAGAAUAUGCCUGCACAACAAGGGCCAGAGCAGGAAUCAUACCUCUCCCGGGCAGGCAGGUGUGGGAGAGCUCCUUUGAUGCAGUUUGCUUUCAGGAGUGUCAUCAGAGGGCUUUUGUCACUGUAGUGGGUAUAACUGGAAGCAGGUUUCUUUCUCACUUUUGUUUGUCCUUGCCUUUUUUUAUUUUUAUUUUUUGGAGUCAUCAUGCUGCAGCAAAUUUUGCGUGAUAUGUAUAUUGACCCCGAGCUGCUGGCAGAGCUGAACGAAGAGCAAAAGCAGAUCUUGUUCUACAAGAUGAGAGAAGAGCAGCUGAGGCGCUGGAGGGAGAGGGAAGAGAAAGCCCGAAUGGAGGAGGCUGUGCUGAGAAAGACAGCGAGGUGCAACCAGAGUCACGGCAAACGCGUGCGGUGGCUGCGGGGCCAGGACGGCGAGGUCUGGGUCUGGGUGAUGGGAGAGGCCCCGGGGGACAAACCCUACGAGCAGAUCUCAGAGGAGCUCAUAGCAGAGAGGGCCCGGCAGCAGGCACAGAGGGAGGCAGAGGAGCUAUGGAGACAGAAGGAAGCUGAAAUAACAAAGAAAUUUCGUGAUGCUAUGGCUCAAGAAAAAGCCAGAAUAGUGGCAGAAAAAUGGAAAAUAGAAAUGGAGGAUCGGAAAGCAGCCAAACUGGAGGAAGAAAAAAUUCAGGAGGAACUGAAGAAAAGAGAGGAAGAGGAAAGACAGAAAGGUGAGGAGCUCAUCAGGCAGCAGGAAGAAAUCCGGGCAAAGGAGCUGUACCUGAGCCUCAAGCAAGCUCAGCAGCACAGCCAGCACAGCGACGAUGACCAGGAGUGGGAGGAGCAGUUGCGCCGCUCCAAGGCUGCUGACGAGGAGAGGAGCCACCAGGCGCGCCGGGCGCGGGACGAGUACCGCCGGCAGUCCCUGCGAGCCAUCCAGAAGGGAAGAGUGGCUGGUCUCAGCCACCUGUUCCAGGGCACAAACCUCAGCAAUGAUCAGGAGAGCAAACCAAACAACAACAGUGCCAGUGCUUUGCUGUCUCCUGCAGCAAAGUCCAGUAGGAUUUGGGAGCGCCCUUCCCGGCCCUUGUCCCGCGACGUCAUCGUGCGCUGGUUCAAGGAGGAGCAGAUCCCUCGGCGGGCUGGGUUUGAGAGGAACACCAACAGGAUCGCUCAGUGGUUCCAUGGCAUUAUCAGCCGUCAGGAAGCAGAGGAGUUGUUGAUGAAUAAAUCUGAAGGCGCAUUCCUGGUGCGAGUCAGUGAGAAAAUCUGGGGUUAUGCCUUGUCCUAUCGCCAGCAAAACGGCUUCAAGCACUUCCUGGUCGAUGCUUCGGGGGAUUUCUACAGCUUCCUGGGGGUAGAUCCAAACCGACACCCAACGCUCACAGAUCUGAUUGAUUUUCACAAGGAAGAAAUCAUCACAUCCUCAGGUGGGGAGCUACUCCUGGAGCCAUGUGGACAGCAGAAGAAUCCACCAGACUACAGCCCUUUAUUUGAAUGACUGAUCCAGGACCAAUAGGAAUGCAUUCUGGAUAGCUGUAGUAAUAGUUACAAAAGUAAACAAUGGAAGUAGUUGACCCACUUUCAAAGCCACUGGUCUAGUGGCCAAAAAGUAUCCUUAUUAGGAGGCCUAAAACAUUUCUGGUUUGCAUCUGAAUUAUCACCGUCAUUAUUCAUAAUGCUAGCACUCAAAAGGUGAGAAAUUACCAGCAAAUUGCAAAAGAGAACUACUUACAAAGGAUUUUCAAGAGGCUGUAGCCAAUUACACUGAAUGCUAAGUUCCUGUCCUAAAUUUCUCACGUUUUAUACUGCAAGAAGCAUGGGCAGGGGCUAUUCAGAGUACUGUAUGAAGUAUCAGUGUUGGUGAACAGAUUCUGUGUUCCAAAGCAAGGUUGGACAGUUUCUGUUGACAAUUUCAUUACCCAGUGGUGCACUUUGAUAACAAGGAAAGCAGUCUCCAAACAUCCCUGUGAAGUCUGUGAUUGCGUUUAUAAUUAGGUGCAGCUUGAAACUUGCCAUUACGCUUUUGAAUUCAGGCCUACAAAGUUCCCUGCAGUAGAGACAGAAUAAGGUCAUACAAAUUUUAUUUACAUUUUCAUGAAGCCCAACAGCCUUGGAAGGAACUUCACUCCUGUACAGUAAGUGGUCAGUUUAUUCUGUUUGAUUUGCUGCAAUUCUCUCACUGGCCUUGUCAGACUUUCCACUUUCAGACUUGCAAGAGACACAGUGGAUAUUGCUAGUUUUACUUUGCUAUAGGACAGGGUAUUUUCCUCAUCCAGUUUCUGAGAGAGGGUGGGGCUGGUAUAUUUAUCCAUAGAAAAGAUACAGCUAAUUACAUUAUCAUCAUGCUGUUUUAUGUGUAUAAACAAGAUGCACACAAAUGUGUUCCUGAUCCAUUUGCUAUAAAUACUAACCCCAUGAAAAUAGACUGGAAGCCUAAAUCUGUGGAGCAAUUGCUUGGUGCUUGGACUAGAAAAAUAAUAAAAUCUCAUCACAGUGCACAUAGGAAAGACACACUGAACAUAUUUCUUUAAGCUGCUGCUUUGGGCAGUCUCUGAGCCUUGUGGGGUUCUUUUCAAAAUCCUGGUGUAGACCCCUGAACCUCCUGUAAAUCCCUUUCUCCUCAAGCAGUCAUUUGACUCCUGACUCACUCUUGCCUUCUGUACUCUGACUGAUCUAGAUGGUAAAAUCAACCAGGAAAAGAAACUUGUCUUGUCCCAGCCAAUAAAGCACAUUAAAUAUUUAAGGUGCUACAGCAGUAAAUACUUGUGGUAAUAAUAGCAGUACUUUUUUUAUAAUUAAUUUUAUGGCUAGCUCAUAUUAAAAUACAGAUUUUUGCUCACAAGCUCCAUUAUUGGUCAAGAACUUUUUCUUCUGUUAACAUUGGGUUUUGUGUGAUUUAAUCCAUCACUGUUUGUGACCCAUGAAAAGAACAUUCUAUUGAAUUCCCACAGAGACAGCUGGGCAGUUUCUGUAUUAAUCACUUGGCACACUGGCUCAGGAGGCUUUAAAUAGUUACUGUUAGCACCUCAGAACAAAGCAAGUCAGGACACAGCAAAUAAGCAAAAGGCAAGAAAGAUCUGCUUUCUCUGAGAAACCAGCUCUGCACUUUCUCCCUCCUUCAGAGGCAUCUCAAGAACCACCUCAGCCUCAGGUUAUUCACAAUUGCACAGUUUUUUCAUGGAACAGCUGGACCUCUACUUAAAGGAGAAUGGAAAGGGACCUUUAAAAUUACAAAAAAUGUAAGUAUCCACAGACACACCUCUGAGGUCAGAAAGUGAUAGGUGAUUGUAUAGGAUUUAGGAUUAGACACCUAGGCAUCUUUACAGGCCUGCACUGAAGAAACCCCACCCCCCCAAAAAAAAACAAGAACAGCAAAAACCAGACAAACAAUAAAAACCCAAACAUGAAAUGCUACCUUUUCUCUGGAAAAGGUGCUAGGCAUACUAGAAGACAUGCAAAUUCCAAAGUUUUUGGAAUCUUUUGUCCAAAGAUUGCUCAACACAACGCUGUGAAUGUUUAUAGACAGAAUAUUGAAGAACUUGUUCCACAUGCAAUUCACAUUCAGAAGCUGAUAAUAACACAGCUAUUUAUUUCUAGUGAUACAGUUCCCAGCAAACUGCUUGUGUUUUGUUUAGCCAUUAAGAAGACAUGGAAAUAAUAGCUCUUUAGUUUAUGUGGCCUCUUGCAAUGUAAUUAACAUUAUUUUUACUUUGGAGCACUUUUCCUAAUCUAAUUUUCUAAUUUCUUGUCUGAAUUCCAUCCAUUUCUCACUCUAAGUUUUACCCAGCUUUAAAAUAAAGCCCUUGUAAGUACCCCUGCAAAUGAUAUUACUUCGAAAACUGCAAUUUCUGCUGAGAGUUUUAUUAUCCUAAUAAAUGGCAGAAUUCUCAGGUAAAGGAAUUUCUUGUUUUUUCUCCCCAUAGCCCCACAGAAAUAAUGAAAAAUAGCCAGCCAAUUCACUGAGUUACCAAGCAAGAAAUCUAAACAAUAUAUAACCAGAAGCAGCAGCAAUGAAAUAUGGUGCACUUGGCUGAAGAUAAGUUUUGAAGGAAACAAAAAGAGAUCAUAGCUAGCAGAAACUAAGAACAGAAGCUUUCCCUGGUAGAGAUGUGCAGCUAUUGGCAAUAUACUUGAGUGAAGUACAAGUGUGGAGAUGUUUUGUAAGUUAAGAGGUUGCCCCCUUGUUGCCUAAGGGGGCAACAAGACAAUAAGGGGAUUAUGAAAAGAUAGCCCAAUUAGUAGGAAGAAUAGAAGAUAAAGCAGUGAAGGACUGAAUAUGGAAAAUUAAGAAAAUAAGAAAGGGCGAAAUGUGCUCAUCCUGUUGUUUUUACAGCAUUUUGGAUUUUUGCUGGUCUGGGAGGAAGACCAGGCACUGCUUCCUCUUUUCUCUCUGCAAGUCUGGAAGAUUUCAGCUUUGAGGUAAAUCUACCUUGGAGGUGGAUUUGACACUCUGGAAUCUGAAAGAGCUGGGCUGGUCUGUGCUGCAGCCUUGAAUGCUUCCCUCUGUCUGCCUCUCCAUGGAGUGCUGGCUGCAGCUGGUCAUCACUGGGUGAAAAAAUGGUCGUGGUGCUGCCAUUUCCUUGGCUUCCAGGGGUAGCUUUAGCUCAUCCCCCUGGGUUGAGAUUCCAGUCUUGCUUCCUGACCUGUUUUUCCAGUGGUAACUAUUGGUGAGUUGUAAGAGAGGCAUGUUACAGAAUUUCCUUUUAAGAUUCCCUAUUCAUAUCUCUUGCUGCUGACACCACCAGGAAUUCACUGAGAGGCCUGCUAUGGUAAUUGUGUCUCAUAAAGAAAAAUGCCACAGCAGUAAGGUAAACUUUUAAACUUUAAAAUGAAGUUAGCUUUUCUCAUAUCUGUUUCACACCAAUAAAAUAUGGCACAUGAGGUCCCAAGCAUGUUUGCAGGUAUCUUUGGAAAAAGCAUCUCUUGAGGAUUUAUUCUUGCUUCUCCCGUGAUCCACAGAUCCAUCUCUUCUUUUGAAUUUUGUUUUAAUCUGUAAUAGUACAUCUCCAAUUUAAUACUGCCCUCUCCUCUAAAAAAGAACAAAACCCAAGAAAUUGACAGCAAUCAUGGAUGGGAUUUCCAAAGCUACUCAAAGAAUGUAGAUGCCAGUCUAUUAACUCUUGUAAUUAAUGGAAUAAUGAUGUAAUACGACUUUUUGCAUAUUAGUUUUAUCUACUGAUGUCCCAAAUUAUUCUUUUAAGUACUAGAUCCCUAUUGUUCUGAACAAAUGCUAAGCUAAAUAAAGUAACACCUCUCUCAAGAAAAAGAUACCUAAAAACUGUUUUUGUAACAGAGAUUUAUUUUCAGGCUGAGUAGAAACUCUUUCCAAAAAAUAUAUUCAGAGUGAGAUUUUCCACUAGAUUUUGUUUAAUUUUUCAAAGUAACUGAACUUAUUUCUUGGCUGAGGUGAGGCAGUAUUAAUACAAUGAGUACAGUAAAAUACUUUAGUUUUUUAUCACCUAGGAAUCCACUUCUGCUCAAUCUUCCCUUGAAACACCAGAAACCUGAAUAUUGAGCAUUAAUGGAGCCGCACCACAUUUCAUUGCAGUCUAAAUUCUUCCAUUUACCAUAACACAAAACACAAACCUGGUUUCAGGUAGACUGGGAGUUCACAGUGGGAGAAGCUUUUAUCUUUCUAUGAAUAAAUUUGUUUUCAUAAUUUACAGGUCAGAGCUUAUUUUUCAAUUAUUUUCAAGGACUGGCUUUCUUUUUUGUCUUAUUGUGGCUUUGCUUUAAGAUUCCUUUUUGCCUUCCCAAGAGGAUGGGGUAAAUGACCUCUGAGAAGUCUGUCCCUGGCCAGGCUAUCAAUUGCAAAAUCAGGUGUUUGCACUUGAUUAGAUGCUUGCUUUGUGUUUCCUGAGAUGAAUCUCCUGGAUACAUACUGUCAGAUGAUAAUGAUGCAUAAUUGAUUUUUAUAGCUAAUUUCUUGCCAUGCAAGUGCUGUGUGAAAGCUUCUCUUCAAAUAUUUGUUUACUACUAGUGAUUAAUCCUGUAGCUUGUAUAUUUACAUGAUGGCCCGUAGCUAAUGCAAAUUUUCUACUAGGCUGGAGCCUUCAAUGGGUUUGGUUUCUUCUCUCUUGGAAUUUCUUCCAGUAGUUUUAAACAAAGAUAAUAUUUUAUGGUAUCUUUAUUAUACAUCAAUUAGUGACUUUUCUUUAGAGAAAAUAAGAGAAAUAACUUCAAGAGACUGGACAUUUAGUUUGGUCCUAUUUGUGUCCUCGUGCUGUGUGUACAAAGAAAAGACUUGGCAUGUUAAUGUCUCCUUUAAAGUUUAGCUGCCAUUUCUCCCCCAUUCUCAAUUUUAAUGAGAACUGUGGGUGGGAGAAGAGCAUAAGCUCACAAGCCAUAGAGAGAAAAGAGAGGAGGCAGGACUGGUUAAUUCCAUAUAAAAUUCCAUAUAACAGCAGGCAAAGCUUGGAUUAAGUAUUUCCUGAUGCACUGGUUUUCCUGCUUAGCAUUCAAAGUAGUGUGGUCAUUCCUUUUCCCUCUCACAAUAGCAACAGGAAGAAAUUCCUAAUGAGUGAGAUAAAAGCCCAAAAGUUGUUCUAAGUAACAUUAAGUUGCCUCAGGAAUGAUACAGAGGGAGUGGAUCGAGAACACAGUAAAGACGUAUUUUGUGUAUGGGUGUGUAAACUGGGAGUGAUUGCAAAUUCUUGUUUGGUAGGAGAUAAUUCUUCUAAUUGCAAGAUUGUUGUCAUUAAUGGUCAAUGCAUGUAACAACGUGGCCAGUUGUUAUGCACCUUCUAUUCCACAAACUGGUAGGGCAUGGAUUGCUUGAAAGGAAAUUCAGACUUAGCUGUCUUAGACAAAAGUUAUUGAGUAUUCUUAGGUUAUUUGGAGCAGAAAAUUGUAAAAUGUAUAAUGCAUAUCAGGAUUUACAAAUGUAGAAACUACGCACUGCUUAUCACAUCAAGUAUGAUGAGUUUGUCAGUGUAAUUUUUGCAGCUCUUAAAAACUCAGUGAAGAAUAAAGGUAUCCCUGGUUAUUUUGCUCUCCUGUAGGAAAUGUCAGCAUUGUAAACAAGAAAAUAUCUUCUCAUCCAGGAAUUUUAUCUAAGAGCUGCACAGUGAACACUGCACUGCAAUUAGUGAGAUAGCCAGCCUGCUGCACUUAUGCCUUUAUUGAUUCUCAAACCCUUUUUGCUUGUGAUAGCCUGAUGCUAAUAUGAAAUACGGUUUUAGGAAGUCAUUCAAAUCCAAGGUAAUGAAGAAGUGUUAAGGUGCAUGUUUCAUUAUGAUUUUUACUGCUGACAUUUUCUCUCAAGGAAUCCCAGAAAAAAAAAAAAUUCUAACAGCAAUGCAUGAGUUCAGGGCUGCCUUCUAGACAGUAUUUUGUUACCUAUUAUGUGCUGUACUUACAUCAUGCUACUUCAUUUAUUUUGAAUUUCAAUGAUCUAUAUUGGAAUCUAUCUGGUUUUUUAAAAUAAGAAAACAGUAGAGACAGAUAUAUUCAAGCAAACUGUUCUCUGGGACAAAAAAUGUACACUGCAUUCCAACACUGAGCUCCCACAACAUUUGUUGGAGUUCAUGUGGCAAUCCUUAGUUGAUUAAUAUGAAAAUUUUUUAUUAGGGCUGCCUGUUAAAAUCACUUUCACUUUCCCCAGAGCUACUCUAAAAUCUUCCAUUGACACUAUUUAAUGGAGAAAUGUUCAGUUUUCAAAAUGCCAAGCUUCAUAAAAUUGUUUCAAUUCCUUGGAGUAAAAAAUAAAAAAGAAUAAAAUUAUCUAAGCACAUUUUUAAUUGCAGAAAAUAUGGAAGAUGUGCUCAUAUCUAACACAGAAAAAUUUUAUAUUUUUAUUAAUCUCUGAAAGAAAAUGUGCUACAUUAUGCUCUAAAUUCAGUGCACACACUCAAUAUUUUUGGCAUUUCAUUAGGUAUCCAUUCUCUCCCUUAAUGCUAGCUUCCUUUUAAGGGAGUAUGAAAAUACCCAGGGAGCAGUUAGUCAAAAUGUCAAGCUCAUUAAAUAUCUGAUUUGAUGACUGAAAUAAAUUCGUGAAGGUUUAAAUAAGACCCCAGAUAAUUUUCUCCAGAAAAAAAAUUAAGCUAGGAAAGUGAGUUUAGAAAAAAAGGAGUGGAUGCAUCUUGUCCACAAUUUUGAAUAUAUUGUGUUA